CUGCCAACCAUAACUUGUUGGACCGGAUGGACAUUGCUAACCUGCCCAGUGACCAUCCGUGUUACAUAGCAGAGAGAAAGAAGGAACCGGGACUCUUUUCUGAUGAAGUUGACUCCAAUAUUAUUACAGAGUUUUGUGCGUUGAGAGCCAAGUCGUACGCUUUCAACGCGUAUACUGGACCGGAGGACAGAGUUGGAGUGGAAAAAAUCAAGGUAAAGGGUAUCAGAGCUCAUGUGGUAAAAAACCAUAUGACGGUAGAGGACCACAAGAAGUGUUUGUUUGGAGAAGUUGGACUGGAGUUGUAUAGAGAUAAUGUGUCGAUACGGUCAUUCAAGCACCAGAUUAUGACAAUAAAAACUAGGAAAUUGACGUACAACAGCUAUGACGACAAGAGGAUAGUAUUAGAAGAUAAAAUAAGCACAUUAGCCCAUGGUCACUACAGUAUAGAGGAAGAUGAACUUGAUUGGCCGGAGCUUGAUGAUGAGGUGGAUGCAGAAGGAUGA